ACAGUGGGAGUGAACAGAGAAAAAACAAAGUUUGGGAUAGUUUGCUGACUUCUUUGUCUCAUGAAUUUUCAGGAUUGUGCGGGAGGAGCUGCAGUGUCACACGAGAUGCACACAGCACACACUAGAAACGCAGCUCACACACAGUUGGUAUACACAGCUUACACACAGGGCACACACAGUACCUGCACAACUCACAAACAGUGCACACACACUGCUUUACAGUGAAAGAUUCAUACUGCAGUGAGUGCAGAGGAACAGACCAGGAGAAGGUUAACAGCUGGCUGUCCAGUGUUUUGUGGUGGACAACUACUAGCAACCCUCUACACGUGUUCCUUUCCUAUAUGCAGGAUGAAGGUCUGUGCUGUCUCCUUCUUCCUAGCCGGUUCCAGUCUUCUUCUACUACAGACUCGAGCCCUUCACACUCAGUUACCUAAAAGAAGCCAUGAAAAGACGACUGAAGGCCACAACAGGCAAACCACAGAGGAAAGCCAGUAUGGCUUUACGCAGAAACCUUUCACCUCCCCACCGGAUCCUGAGCCUGUGACCCCAUCGUCACAAUGUGUGCAGUGUUGUGACCCCCGUCCAGCUGCCCCCAUGUACCAGCUUGUACCCCAGGUUAAUCUCACCAUCUUAAAAGGUGAAAAAGGUGACAGUGGUAGCAGAGGACUUCCUGGUAAAUCAGGGAAGGCUGGAAGCCCAGGACCAAGAGGUCCAGUUGGUGCUAGGGGCUUAAAAGGCAGCACAGGCACCCCUGGAGACCCCUGCAAGAAUUACUACUCGGCUUUCUCUGUGGGACGCAAGAAAUCUCUACACAGCAAUGACUAUUACCAGCCACUCAUAUUCGAUACUGAGCUGGUGAACCUGUAUGGUCAUUUCAAUAUGUUCACUGGUAAGUUCUUCUGCUACAUCCCUGGGAUCUACUUCUUUAACCUGAAUGUUCAUACAUGGAACCAGAAGGAAACCUACAUGCAUGUUAUGAAGAACGAGCAAGAGAUGGUGAUUCUAUACGCUCAACCCAGUGACCGCAGCAUCAUGCAGAGCCAGAGUCUGAUGCUGGAACUUCAGGAGCAAGAUGAGGUCUGGGUGAGACUCUUCAAGGGUGAGAGGGAGAAUGCAGUGUUCAGUGAUGACUUUGAUACCUAUGUAACCUUUAAUGGUUAUCUCAUAAAACCCGCCAGCGAAACCUAGUUACAAACCGCUCUCUUGCUAAAGCUUUCUUUAUAUCAGACCCCCUUCAUCUGCCACAUGCACCUACCUACGUAACUAAGUACUUGAUACCUUUUCUGCAAAGAGCUGAUAAAUAUACUUUGGCUACAUCUACUACAUCACCACCCUACUGCAGAGUGGAUAUACACUUACUGCAAUAGAUAACCUGAUAUAUUGAAUCCUUGCAUAUUGUCUUCUGCUUAUUGUGGAGGGCACAGAUCGAUGAGGAUCAUUCUCUCCUAGGACUUUGUGACAUGGAUAAAAACAUUUUCUUUGCAGAGCACCCAAUGAUGUAAUGUGAGAGAGACUUUUUAUACAUUAUGCCCUUUACCUCUGUUCAGGAGUUGAUAGGCUUAACCCCUUCACUACUAAGACUUUCAGAGAAAAACUUGCCCAAAAUACAGGAGAAUGUUUAGCACUCAAUUUAAACAGAACUAGAGCAUUGUUUUUUUAUUUACAUGUCAAAACUAUAUAUAUGUUUUAAGUAGACAACCCAAGGUAUUGAUCUAGGUCCAUUUUGGAAUAUUUUAUGCCACCAUUUCACUGCCAAAUGCGAUCAAAUAAAAAAAAUGUAAAUUUUUUCACAAA